AUGAUGUCCCUCGCUCAAGCAUUCUUCUUCGUCCCCAUCGUGCUGGUGGGAUAUCUCACCCUCAAAACCAUCUACCGCCUCUACCUCCACCCCCUCUCCCGUUACCCAGGCCCCAAACUCGCCGCCUCAACCCACCUCGUCGAACACUACCACGAACUCUUCAACGGCCCCGGCGGCCAAUUCUCCCAACAAUACCGCCAAUGGCACGAUACCUACGGCCCUAUCGUCCGCAUAACGCCCAACGAACUGCACAUUCGUGAUGCCACCUUUUACGAAACAUUAUACUCCCCAGCCCGUCCCGUCCGCAAGGUCAAAAAUUUCGGGUAUCGCUUCAAUAACGAACACACCGCCUUCGGCGCCGAAGAUCACGCUCUGUGGAAGGAGAGGAGAAGGCAGUUGGAUCCUUUCUUUAGUAGGAAGAGGAUCGGGAAUUAUGUCCCUAAUAUGCAGAUGAAGAUGAAUCUCUUGAUGAAGAGGCUGGGGCAGGAGUAUGUAGGGAAGGUAUUGAGUGUGACGAGGAUGUGGGAGUGUUUUGCUGCGGAUAAUGUUGUGAGUUUUGCGUUUGAUCGGCAUUAUGAUUUUUUGAAGAGUCCCGGGUUUGUGAGUGAUGUUAAUGAAGCGGUGGCGAAUAUGACGGGUUUGACGCAUUGGAUGAGUUUUGAUGCUGUGGCGGUUGUGGUGAGGAGUUUGCCGGUGGGCUUGGUGGUGAGGUUAGUGCCUGGAUUGAGGCCGGUCUUUGAGUUUUGGGAGGCGCAGGAGAAGCAGAUUAAGGAAGUGCUUGACAACUAUGCCAACGGGGAGAAGAUGGGUGAUACGUUGUUCAGCUCGUUGCUUGAGAAUGGCCUGGCCGAUAGGGAGAAGCAUUUGAUCUUCGAGAGGUUGCAGUCUGAGGCGAAAUCGAUCGUUGGCGCCGGAUCGGAGACGACAGCACGAUCAUUGUCGCUCGCCACUUUUCACAUACUUGACCAGCCAGACAUACACCAGAGGCUGCGGGAAGAGCUGACGAAUGCUAUACCUGAUGCCACCGUGAUGCCGAACUGGAACCAGCUCAGCCAAUUGCCAUAUCUGUCUGCAUGUAUUGAGGAGACACUCCGACUUUCGUACGGGGUAUCUGAACGGCGAGCUCGAGCUUACGACGGAGGCGCUCUGCUGUACCGUGACGGCAAGCAGGAGUGGGCAAUACCGCCAGGAACAUUCGUGUCGAUGGACAAUUACGAUGUCUCGCACGACGAGUCCAUCUUCCCAGACUCCUUCAGCUACAUACCGGAGCGCUGGCUCGGCAACCCCAAAGCACCGGACGGAAAGCUUUUGAACCGAUACAUGGUGGCCUUUGGGAAGGGCGCAAGAAGCUGUGUAGGAUUGCAGCUCGCGUAUGCUCAGCUGUACGGCGGGCUGGCGAACUUCUUUCGAUCGGAGCUGUCAGAGCGAGCGGAGAUUCAUGAGAGCAGUAAGGCUGAUCUUGAGAUGGCGAUGUGUAUGUUCGUUCCUAGGCCAGAGCCAGGGACCAAAGGCGUGAGAGUCUUACUUCAUGGGAAGGCUCAGACUGUCGACAAGGAGUAA